AAAUUUUCGAGUCAUCGCCUGAUGAAGCACUUCGCUUGCGACAUGGCCAUUUCCUACGUCUUCCAUAGUAACAAAUUCGAGAGAACGCUUCCCCUCGGCAUAAAGUGCGGAGAUAAGUACAAGAUGCUGGUAAACCUGGGAGAUCGCGGGGGUGCUGAAAACUCACGGGGUAUUGAUGAAGGGGGUCCGUAGACUCCCGGGGUAGCCCAAUUUUGGCGGGAGAGCUCAGAACCUUUGGCGUUAAUAAUGGCAUUGAGAACUACAUGGAUCACAUGGAGGUGGAGCAGAGUCUUGAAAAGCUCAUCGACUGGUACGAGAACAAGGCCCACGCUGACGAAAUGGAAACAGGCCACAAGUUUUUCUGGAACUUCCUAAGGAUCCACCCCUUCCACGACGGCAAUGGGAGAAUGGCCAGGUUGCUGUUCAGCUAUCACAUGUUUUGGACAGGCACCCCUUUUGCCGUGUGCAUAACAAGCGGAAAGUCAAGAUCGAGAAAGCACUACAACGCGGCGAUCAAGCGAGAAGACCUUAACAUAAGCAAUCUGUACACGCUCCUGACCUAUUCCAAAUACUUGGCCUGGAAAAACUUUAUCGACCAUCACAAGGCCACGAUAGAAGGAUAGAGAGGUAAACGGGUGGAUCGCUGAUCCACCCGUAGUUGUUCAAUCGAGAAUCGUCCAGGUUCUAGGGUGCUCUAAUCUGAUGUAAAGGCAAGCAUGAUUGGGCUUCAUGAGCUCGGUCUUGAUAGUCUCCCAGUCACCCAUCAUGUUCGUUUCAUCGAUUAUCAAUUUCAUAUCCUGCAUCUCAUGGGGGUACCACAUGAAUAGCUUCUCAGAUUCUUUGGCAAGGCCGUGUAGCUUUGAGUGAGUAGCCAGAGACUGUGCUUCUUUUGCAUACAACUGAUGGCGAGCUGGAGCAGG